AUGGGCAGGAAAGCGGAGGUGCAGCGCGUGGCGCUCGAGCGCCUGAUGGGCCCCGAGGUGAUGGGCACCGCGGACAAGGAUAUGCACUUUACGGAUCCCAAGGUGUGCCGCAACUUUUUGUGCGGCGUGUGCCCCCACGACCUGUUUAGCAACACGAAAAUGGAUCUCGGCCCGUGCCCGCAGUCGCACCUGCCGCGGUACAAGGAGCUGUACGAUGCGGCGGUCGCCAGAGGCGAGAGUUUCCCCCAGAUCACGGCGGAGCACCAGCGGAAUAUCCACCUGUUCAUCACAGACAUUGACCGAAAGAUUGCCGCAAACCGCCGGCGACUCGACCAGACGCCCGAGGAGAUGGAGCGCUCCAACGCGAUCAUGCGUGAUAUCAACGAGGUCGAAGAGGCGAUCACCGCGGCCACCGCCGAGAUGGAGAAGCUCGGUGAGCAGGGGCAGGUCGAAGAGUCGCUCAAGGAGCUCGCCAAGGUCGAUGCACUCAAGGCCGAGCGCGGCGAGAAGGAAAAGGAGCUCCAGGUGCUCCAGGAAAACAGCGGUGCAAGUGGGCACCAAAAGCUACGUGUGUGCGACGUGUGCGGCGCCUACCUCUCGAUCCUCGACUCGGACCGCCGCCUGGCCGACCACUUUAGCGGGAAAAUGCACCUGGGAUACAUGCGCCUGCGCGACCUGCUCACCGAGUUUGAGCAGCAGAAGAACAGCGCACCGCAGCAGCGCCCGGACGCGGCGCGCCGCCGUAGUCGCUCGCCUGUAUAG